GGAAGUGACCUCAGAGCCCCUCAGAAACAUGGCCCCGGAGCGCCCUUCCGGAAGCGGUCACAAGUAUCUCCGUGACGCAGAACGAGUUAGAGCGUCCCGUAGGGUUUCCAUGGUGUUGYCCUCAGCACCCCGUCUCUCCGCUUCCUCUCCCGCCUGAACACCGGGAACGGGAAGGCAGGCGGCGGGUCCUUCCCAGCACCGCCUCCCCGUCUGGGGGAGGGGUUGGACGAGCGGGUGACGCUCUGGGCGAGCUCGUUCGCUUCUCUAUGGUGCCCAGCGCUCCUGCGCGCCGCUCCAGCGCGUUGGAGCGGACGCUGCCCCUUUAAUCGACAGAGGGCGGUGCCGAGGAGGUCCCGCGAGAGCUGCGGGGGGCGGGGGGCGGUGCCGAGCCGGGGGCCCGUGGCGGAUGGAGCCAGCGAUGGAGCCGGAGACUCUGGAGGCGCGAAUCAACAGAGCCACAAACCCCCUGAACAAGGAGCUGAACUGGGCCAGCAUCAACGGCUUCUGUGAGCAGCUCAACGAGGACUUUGAGGGGCCUCCACUUGCCACCCGGCUGCUGGCCCACAAGAUCCAGUCCCCACAAGAGUGGGAGGCCAUCCAGGCCCUGACGGUGCUGGAGACCUGCAUGAAGAGCUGCGGCAAGAGGUUCCACGAUGAGGUGGGCAAGUUCCGCUUCCUGAACGAGCUCAUCAAAGUCGUGUCUCCCAAGUACCUGGGCUCCAGGACGUCCGAGAAGGUGAAGAACAAGAUCUUGGAGCUGCUCUACAGCUGGACGGUCGGCCUGCCCGAGGAAGUGAAGAUCGCAGAGGCCUACCAGAUGCUGAAGAAGCAGGGGAUUGUGAAGUCGGACCCCAAGCUUCCCGAGGAUGCCAUCUUUCCCCUCCCCCCUCCACGGCCCAAGAAUGUGAUCUUCGAAGAUGAGGAGAAGUCCAAGAUGCUGGCCCGCCUGCUGAAGAGCUCCCACCCCGAGGACCUCCGGGCAGCCAACAAGCUCAUCAAGGAGAUGGUGCAGGAGGACCAGAAGCGGAUGGAGAAGAUCUCCAAGCGGGUGAAUGCCAUCGAGGAGGUGAACAACAACGUAAAACUCCUGACGGAGAUGGUGAUGAGCCACAGCCAGGGCGGCACGGCGUCCGGCAGCAGCGAGGACCUCAUGAAGGAGCUGUACCAGCGCUGUGAGCGGAUGCGGCCCACACUCUUCCGACUGGCCAGUGACACAGAAGACAAUGAUGAGGCCCUAGCGGAAAUCCUGCAGGCCAACGACAACCUCACUCAGGUGAUCAACCUGUACAAGCAGCUGGUGCGGGGCGAGGAGGUCAACGGCGAUGCGGCCGCCGGCCCCAUCCCUGGGAGCACCUCGGCCCUGCUGGACCUGUCAGGCCUGGAUCUCCCACCCACGGGCACCACCUACCCAGCCAUGCCCCCCCACCCUGCGGACCAGACCAGCCCCGAGCAGCUCAGCACCUCAGUUUCUCUGCUGGAUGAUGAGCUCAUGUCUCUAGGCCUGAGUGACCCCACACCCCCUACAGGCCCCAGCUUGGACGGUGCUGGAUGGAACAGCUUCCAGUCCUCAGACGGUGCUGAGCCUCCAGCCCCCGCUUCAGCCCAGGUCCCCAGCACGGACAUCCGGCCGCCAGGACAGAUGCCCCAGCCGGCCAGCAGUGGCCUGGAUGACCUGGACCUCCUGGGGAAGACCCUCCUGCAGCAGUCACUGCCCCCAGAGGCCCAGCAAGUGCGGUGGGAGAAGCAGCAGCCAGCCCCCCGACUCACACUCCGGGACCUACAGAAUAAGAGCAGCUCACCCAGCCCCAGUGCCGCCAGCCUCCUCCACGCCGUGUCCCCAGAGCCCCCUGGGCCUCCACAGCAGCCCCUGCCCACUGAGCUCUCACUGGCCAACAUCACUGUGCCCCUGGAGUCCAUCAAACCCAGCAGCAUCUUGCCCGUGACCGUGUACGACCAGCAUGGCUUCCGCGUCCUCUUCCACUUUGCCCGCGACCCGCUGCCUGGGCGAGCUGACGUGUUGGUGGUGGUGGUAUCCAUGCUCAGCACUGCCCCCCAGCCCAUCCGCAACAUCGUGUUCCAGUCAGCGGUGCCCAAGGUCAUGAAGGUGAAGCUGCAGCCCCCCUCAGGCACGGAGCUGCCGGCGUUCAACCCCGUUGUCCACCCCUCAGCCAUCACUCAGGUCCUGCUCCUCGCCAACCCCCAGAAGGAGAAGGUCCGCCUGCGCUACAAGCUCAUCUUCACCAUGGGCGACCAGACCUACAGCGAGAUGGGCGACGUGGACCAGUUCCCCCCACCUGAGACCUGGGGCAGCCUCUAGAACAGAGGGGCUGGGGAGAGGCUGUGGUGGCCCAGGACACCCUCUGUUCUCCGUGGCCACUUGCCCCUGGCCUGGUGCUUCUCUCCCCACCCUGUGGCCCCAAGUGACUCUUCCCCUCCUGCUUUGCCUCCCCACCUGCUGAGCCAAACCCAGCGGGAGGUUGGGCCUGGGUUCGCACCACCAGGGUCCCCCAAAACUGGUGGGGUCCUGGAGCAGGGAGGGGCUGCCCAGCCAUGGAAGGACUUGGGUCUAAGGGAAGGAGCCUGGCCAUCGGGCCCAGCCCUGACCCCAGCCCGGGUGGGGUCUUCCCCACCUGUCUCAUGCCUUAUGGGAAGGCCCAGCCAUAAACGGGAGGUCAAGCUGGAGCUGGGGACCAGCCAGGCCUCCUCAUAGGAACCCAGUGACCGGGGGACACCCGUGCCCCCACUGUUUGCACUCUGCUGUGUGGUUUGGCUCCUUUGCUUUUCUUUCGGAGUAGCCGGUGGCCGCAACCCAGGCCCUGCCUCCUGGGGGCCUCUCUUCACUUUGAGGUCUCUAGAGGGACUGUGAGAGCCCGGGAUGAGGCCAGAGAGUGGCCUCCUGGGGCGCCUCACGCCUGUCCACCCAUCUGUCCACGGUUAGCAGUGGAGGCGGCGGGGGCAGGGGCGCGAGUAUUUAUGAAAAUAAAACGUCCUUGUUCCUGGA